CAAUCGCGGGUUUCCUGUAACCCUUACAUGAUGAUUGUUCAAAAUAGAGCAAUUGAUUGCAAAGAAGGAAUUGGAAAUAUCGCAGGGAAGUGUGGAGAUGAGAGACUGCUCGACUGCAAACUUGGGGAGCAAGGCUUGGAGCCUUUGGCCGUGGGGGCUCAGCCUGUGCAGGGCAUAAAUUCAUGAUUGAGGCUUCUUUGCAAGCCAUGGGGUAGCGGCAUGGUGGCAUAACUUAUGCAAUCGCGUCGAGGGACUCUGUUUCCAUAAUGUACUCGUCGGCCUGGAUAAAGAGUUUCUUGUCUUUGAGUCUUCUUGGAGACAUUUACGGGGAACUUCUAGAGCGAGGCCUUCAAGGAAGAUCAUACUCUUCGUGUGAGGGAUUGGAGUGGCUUGGAGUGCGCGAGUUGGACAAUUCGGUCAUGAAUGCUGAGAGAGCCACAGUGCCGCUGCAAAGUGCAAUCCCGAUGCAGAAAUCGUACAGCUCGAGGUAACAUUGAACACUGCUUCAAUUGACAUGCCCUCAUUGUAGUUUAUGAAUUGAAAAUGGAGGGAUCGCUGAUGAGAUGAUCGAUGUUCCAAAAGUCAGCGUCCCAAUUAAGGCUAGUGAAAAAAAAAUCAAAAAUCAGCCAGUUCCCAGCCCCAGCCAGAUUUGCGACAAGUUGAAGUUGAAUGUAUGAGAAUACCGAGAACGCCUCCAGCCCCAGUUCGAGGCAGACGCCGAUUCCCCAUCCACGCAUUGGAGCCUAUUGAAUGGCUACGUGGAAGCCUGGAAGUCGAAGCAAACUUGUCU